CUUGACGUUUCAUAACAAACUGACGUAUAACAAGUCGUCGAUGAUUGUGUGUUGCUGGAACUUGUCAAAAUCGCCAGCCCGAAUACAUUCUCAGUGGUUAGAAAUUCACCAAAGUUUCGGCAAUUUAACCCUCGCAUUAAUAAAACGCUACAAAUUGCUAAAUUAAACCUUACCGUGUUAUUACAGUCCCGGUCCAAUGCGUAAAUAAAGUGUAAGUGCUGCUCAGCGCCCGUGAAACAAUCGAUUGUCGGCAAGUGGUGACGUUUUUUCGGGACACGUAAGUGAUAACAGGGAUCACGAACAAAAGUUGUAAUGAUUUUGCGAAAUAAUCGUCACUCGUGAACGUACAAAACGAUGCGUUAUAAGACUUUCCUGACACUCGGCCUCUUCGGGCUGCUGCUGCCGAUUAUUUCGUGUGAUCUGCAAGCACCACCAACCACAACAAACAACAAUAACAAUGUGAAUAACAAAGAUCGGGACGCACGCGAUUCAACUAAAAACAACAAUGAAGAGGGGGUUGAAGAUAACAAGGAGUUCACUCCAAGUUCACCUGAUGUUCAAGGUGACGGCAGUGGCGGUUUAAAGAUUGUGCAAGCCCCAGAUCUUACCAAGGACAAAGAUAACUCUAAGCCCACCUUAGAAUUUCGGGUUGAUUCAGUUAAUAAGAAAUUGUUUUACAAAGUGAUCGAAGACGCGGACGGCAAAUUGCGCUACUUGAUCCUGGAAGGUAAUAGCGGUAUCACACCCGACUUGCAAGAAGAAGACGAUGAGGUGCCAGCACUACCAGAAAAUCUACUGGAGCCAGUUGAGUUGACACCAACGGAGAAGGAAGCUGCUGAAUUGUACGAAUCGGCACAACAAAUGUUGGUGAAAACGCGUCCGAACAAACCAGAGGCGUUUAAACUUCUACUGCAGGCAGUCGAGAAAGGCAAUCAUGACGCGAAGGCAUUGGUCGCAUGGGCAAAUCUCUUCGGUAAUCCAUUACCGCAGGAUUUCGGUGAUGCAAAGGAGAUGUUUGAGGAGUUAGCAGCUCAAGGUCAUCAUGAAGGCCAUAUGGGAUUAGGAUUUUUAUACGCAACUGGAUUGUCGGUGAAUGCAAGUCAAGCUCGUGCUUUGGUACAUUACACGAUGGCAGCAGUGGGUGGCAACACCUGGGCGCAAAUGGUAAUGGCGUAUCGUUACUGGGGUGCUGUUACAGUACCAUCUGUAUGCGAACGCGCAUUGGAGUACUAUCGUCUUGUCGCUGAGAAAGUAAGCCAAGGCGUGUCAUUCGGUGGCGGUGCAGCAAUCCAACGCAUUCGUUUACUCGACGAACACGAAAAUGGUUACACGUCAGCAAUUCUCGACAACGAUCUUAUAGAAUACUACGAGUUGUUGGCUGAGAAAGGUGAUGUGCAAGCGCAAGUUGGUUUAGGACAAUUGCAUUACCAAGGUGGACGCGGUGUUGAUUUGGAUUAUCAAAAGGCUAUGCACUAUUUUACACAAGCAGCGAAUGCUGGAAAUGCGAUUGCGAUGGCUUAUCUUGGAAAGAUUUACUUGGAUGGAAGUGAUGAAGUCAAGCAAGACAACGACACAGCAUUCAAAUAUUUUAAGAAAGCUUCCGAAUUAAAUAACCCUGUGGGUUUGAGCGGUUUAGGAUUGAUGUAUCUGUACGGACGUGGCGUUGAUAAGGACUACACCAAAGCACAGAAGUAUUUCCUGGCUGCGGCUGAACAAGGAUGGGUGGACGGUCAACUUCAGCUUGGAAACAUGUAUCUCAACGGCAUUGGGGUUGUCCAGGACUACAAAAUGGCAAACAAAUAUUUCACGAUGGCUUCCCACUCGGGUCACGUGCUGGCUUACUAUAAUUUGGGACAAAUGCAUGCGCAAGGGACGGGGACGAUGCGAUCCUGCCCGACAGCCGUGGAAUUCUUCAAGAAUGUAGCGGAAAGAGGCAGAUGGGGUGAACUGUUGAUGCAGGCGCAUGGAGAUUAUAGGAAUAAGAAAUCCAAUGAAGCAUUCACGCAGUACGCGUUGCUUGCUGAGUUGGGUUAUGAAGUUGCGCAAAGUAAUGCUGCCUUUAUGCUUGAACGUAAUGAAGUACCGCUGAUUGAACAAUCAGAGGGUUUGGAGCGCGCGCUGUUGUACUGGGGACGUGGCGCAUCCCAAGGAUACUCCGCUGCACAAGUUAAAGUAGGUGAUUAUCACUAUUAUGGACACGGCACCGCGGUGGAUUACGAAGUCGCGGCCUCGCACUACAGACUCGCUUCCGAGCAACAGCACAACGCACAGGCGAUGUUCAACCUAGGCUACAUGCACGAGCAAGGACUCGGCAUGCAGCAGGACAUCCACCUUGCGAAGCGCUGUUAUGAUUUGGCGGCAGAAUCAUCACCGGACGCUAAAGUCCCCGUGGCUUUGGCACUGUUCAAGUUAAAUUUGAUGUUUAAUUUACAAAAUUUCCAAGAGAGUCCAUUUGCUGGUUUCUCUGAAGUGGUGGGCAGCAAUUGGGACUUGUAUUUGAUUAUGACGCUGAGCGGCUUCCUCGCCGGCAUUGUCUACUUCCGUCGCCCGCAGCAGCAACCCGCUCAAGGCUAGACGACCGCCAAACAUAAGACUUAUUGCGACACGGUGUCCAAGCAGAUAACAAAAUCAUAAACGCGAUAAAACAUAAAAUCAUACAAACUAGCGUGGCAUCACACGCUGCGCUGUAUAACAGAUGAAUUAAUGAAAACUGUGUGAUCGUUAACAAUGUGGCGAAGAGGGGGAGUAAAAAGUUUUGUUAUGUGAUUGUACUUUUAAGAUUUUUGAGUAAAACACACCCGUCACUAAAUAAUAUUGCUAAUAAAAUAUUAAUUAAACUUUAA